ACCGUUCACAGGGGGACUAAGCAGGAGGUUACUGGAGGUUCGGGCAAGGCUCCUGUGCCUUUUAACAGCUAAGUGAGAGGCAGAAGUUCAACGGGUGCGUAGCCCAUGAUGAGGGAAAGCUGUGCCAGUUAAAUUUCUGCCUGCUGCUAAAGCCACAAAAGCUCUGUCAGGAUCAAGACAAAGGCGGUGACCCAAAAGAAAGAAAGACAACUGGACAUAUAAAUGCAGGCUCCCUCUCUGAACUCUCCCCCUUUCACCAAGGGUGAGAACUUAAGAGUCCAGUCACCACCGCAGAAGCUGGCUGGGCCCGCUGCUCUCCUCCGUUCAGCCUUUGGCGCCAGAGCCAGAGCUCGCCCACACCCCCGGCCACCCCCCGAAACAGGCAGCAGUGGGUGGUGUCUGCAAGCCGCUGGCGACCGCCGAACCCUGACUGAGGCGACCAGGUCGGACGGAGCUUCCUCGUCGUCGGGCCAUGGGCGUCCCCUCACACGCAUACUCCUGCCUCUUGAGCGGCCUUCUUUUGGGCUCCGCGUUGCCUUCCCAAGGAGCAGACGUUGCAUGCCCCUCUUCUACGUGGCUUUCUUUUGGAAGGAGCUGCUAUGCUUUACUUCAAGGAGUGUUGAAGGCUCACAGUAUUGAUGACUUCAGGGAAUUCUGCAGAGACAAUGCAUCUGGAGCAGAUAUCAUUAGCAUAAAUAAUAAAGAGGAAAAUGCCUUUAUCCGAAGCAGUUUCUGCACCCAUUGGCAUGGCCCCGAGUAUAUAUCAUUGGGCAUGUUUUUUGACAUAGAUGAUAAUGUUUUCAAAUGGUACGAUCAAUCCAAAGUGAAUUUUACAAACUGGGUGGAGGAAGAAAGUAAUGAGGAGCUCAUAAACACCUGUGCUAUUAUGCACACAGCAUCAGGUGGAUGGAAAAAAGCCAGCUGUGAGCAUCUCCCACUGACUGAAAUCCUUUGUGAAACUACCAUUCUUUAUGAAAAGAAGUAUUUAGCAGAUAACACAGCCUGGACAACCACCUUAAUCAUAACUUCAACAAUAAUUGUGUCAGUGUCUGCAGCAUUUAUCUGGCUCCUUUACCAAAGGAGGGUUUCUUCUGGAACGAGAUGUACAGCAUACAAUUCAAUCACUCCAGUUCCAAGCAGUGAUGAAGCGAUCCUUAUAGAAGAGGAAAAUGAAUAUACUGCCUAAAUUGCAUUUUAUUUAUCAGUACAUAAUUACAAAAACAAUGUAUCCCAAAAGCAAUCCUGAAAUAUACCUCAAGGAAGAGACAGUAGUCUAAGAACAUUCCAUGUGCAGAUGAACAAUCUUCAAUUGUUAAUUGCUCUUACUCAUAGGAAGUCAUAAGUCUAUGCAACUUUUGUACAUUUCUCACAAAUUGCAUUUUCUUUCUAUUAUGUUUUUCACUAAACAGAAGGUCUCAGCACAAACUGAACUACCAGUUUGGUUUUUGUUCUUGUCUUAAGGCUGGCUACAGAGCAGCAGCGCAGCCAUGCAAUUUAAAAAUUGCUUAAUAUCUCCAGCUGCAACUACAGGCCUUCAGAGUGCUUAAUUUCAGUUAGGUAAUACCCAGUUUACAAAUGCAGGAAGGGAAGCUAAACAGACAAAGCCUUUGGGAUCGACCAUGAGUACAGAAAUGGAGGAGGAAGUCUCCUGUAACCAGAGGUAUAUGCAUGUGUGCGUGUAUGUAUCACACUCACCUUAAGAGCUACUGUGCUAAACUUAAACCUGCGCCGUUAUUACAGAAACAAAUGUUCCAUAAAGAAACAACACAAACCACAACUAUACAAUUCUCAAUUGUUUCUGAACUUCAGAACCAUCUGCAAGAAAGUUUGGCUUUGUUAUCUGAAGUUCCACUUUAACACUAUAGGUGGUCCUGUUGUCAAAUCCUAGGCUGUCAAAAAUCUCACCAAGGUGCUAUGUUAACAAAGCCCUCCCUCACAAGUAUGUAGCAAUUCCAUCAUUCAGACCAUGAAUAAGGAUAAGUAAAAUGUUAAAAAAACAAAGGAUUGUGUCUUCCAAACGAAAGUCUUGCAUACUCUACUUAUCUUUUUUUUUCAAUUAAUUUUUAUUCUAAUUUUCAAAACCAAAAUAAUACAAAAAGAAAACAACACAAAUCAAUAACUAAUACAAUACAAAAAAAAUACAUAUAUAUAAAAAAUAUUGACUUCCGAUUUGUCAUAGUUCAGCUAUAAAUCUAUAAUAUAUAACAAACCUAUCUCUUAAUAGAUUAUAAAAUCACCUUCCUCCGGCGGUUAUCUUAGUUGGUUUCAAAUCUCAUUAACAUCAUAUCAUUUUAAUCUUCCACAAAAAGUCAAAGAGAAGUUUCCAAUCCUUGAGAUAUAUAUCAAUCAAUUUUUUUUCUAAAUAAACAUGCCAAUUAAUCCAGCUCAUCAAAUCUACUAAAUCCAGUAAUUUCAAAACACUAUAAUUCAACUAUAAAUCUAUAAUAUAUAACAGACCUAUCUCUUAAUAGAUUAUAAAAUCACCUUCCUCCAGCAGUUAUCAUAGUUGGUUUCAAAUCUCAUUAUCAUCAUAUCAUUUUAAUCUUCCACAAAAAGUCAAAGAGAAGUUUCCAAUCCUUGAGAUAUAUGUCAAUCAAUUUUUUUUUCUAAAUAAACAUGUCAAUUAAUCCAACUCAUCAAAUCUACUGAGUCCAGUAGUUUCAAAUCGCUCUUCUGUCAUUAUCCAUAUUGGGUCCAUCUUCCAUCUUUACGCACCCAAAAAUCUUGCUGUCAUAGUCAUAUAAUAAAAGUCUGAUAGGAAUUUCCUCCAUCACAGGUAUUUUCUUACCAUCAAAUCCAAACGUAACACUGAAGUAUUGUUUCAAAGCCGCAUCUCUGCUCCUCUUUUCCACAUGAUACACUAGUACAUUUCUUGAAGGUUUUUCCAUUGACACAAAACAGGGAUUAAUUCUAUUAACUUUCUCCAUUUCAAGUUCCAUCAAAUCCUUCCAGUCCAGGAAUUUUUUUGAACCGAUAAUAUCUUUAUCUCCAAUCUCUUCAAUUCCUUCAGAGACAGCGCUGUAUUCCAAACUGUAAUAUUUAUCUCCAGGAUCCGUCACAACCAGGAAAUCCAAAUCUUUUUUCAUGUCCAUAUUUAAGCCAAUCUCCAUAGAUUGAACCUUGCCUUUAAUUUCUCUUUCAUCCUUUUUUUGUUUUCCAGAUCUAUCUUUAUUCUCCUUUCUCAUAGAAUCCUGAGUUUCUUUCAGCUCCUGUCUCAUUUCAUGAAAUUCAGUUCUCCACACUUGUCUAUUAUUUCUCAGUUCUUGUUUUAUUGAGUUAAUCCCAUCCAUUAUUUUCUGAAGCAUGUCUAGAAAUAAAGUCCCUUCUUGUACAUCCAUGAUCUUCUUAAUUGCCAUUCUUAAAACCAAAAGAACAAAACUCCUUCAAUUUUCAAUGUCCCAAGCAAAGAGCAGUUUAUUUCUUUAUCCAGUUACAAAGGAGUUAAUCUUUCCAACCAACUAACGUCACACGCUAGACAGUCCUUAUCUCUUAAAUGUCCAGAAGUGCAAAAACAGCUUUUAGUUCACAGCGUUCAAAUAACUAGUAGCAGAGAGAAUGAGCAGAUUCGUCAACAAAAAAAAAAAAGUAGAUCAGAAAAAAUAGUCCCUUAUAUAUAUUACACGAAAGUCUUGUAAAUCAAAAAGAUUUCUUAUCUCUCCCAAUCAGAAAGCUCUCAUCCGUUGUAAUCUUUAAAACGCAAUUUUCCAUGUCAGCUUUUUGCAAUAAAAAAAAAAAAGAUAAGCUAUUUAUAUUUUCUUCCCCCUUAGUUCCGUAAAUAAAGAAGGAAAGUCUUACCACAUCUAGGUUAUCUUAAUUGCUGUUACUUUGACAAAUCUCUUUAGCUAUAUAAGAAAAUGAUAAAUGUAGACAGGAGUUUUGCCUGCUAGUCCGUUAAAAAAAAACGGGUCACUUAUCCAGCUGAGCUAGCAUAAAAUCCUCGCUCUGUCUGAACUGCUGGAAGACAGACAAUUCUGACGAAUUCCAGGCUCCAGCAAUCAAAACAAAACUAUGUGGCAGAUCUCACGCUUCUUCCUUAUCCGGAAGAAAUCAUCCCCAGUCAGAAAAAACCCUUCUGACUGAAUUUAAAACUGGAUAAGUUUCAUCCAAGACGGGAGCACGUCUCAGAGGCAGCACAGGCAGAGGGAUCCUCCUGGGAAGUCGCAUACUCUACUUAUCUGAUGGAUCCAUAACCGAAUGCCAACUAGUUCUAUACUGUAUAACACGACAGGCCUGGAAAAGCCAUGAGUAUGUACUAUACUUUUAUACAUGCAUCAUUCUGAUAUUGUUAAAUAAAAAAAUUGUGUUACAUGAAUUGGUUGAUACUUUUGAAAACAGCAGGUAGAAGACAGGCCGUGGCUUUUUUACACGUUUUUUUUGACAGUAUCAAUUUGCUAUUGCACCCAGAGGAACUUUUAUAAGUUCUAGCUGGAAAUAAAUAUUUGAUUUUAAGGUAACUCUAGUUUGACAUAAACAUGAAAAUCUAUGGUGUCAUUUUCCAAAAAAUGCAAUUGGGGUUGUUUGGUUAGAGGAAAACAAAUCUGGCAAGUGACUUACACUUACAACCCACUAAUUGGGAAAUCUUCAUUGGGCUAUCAGGAAGCCCUAUAGAGGAAGAAAACGGAAACAAAAAAACCAAGGUGAAAUACGGGACUUUUCGUAAAUAGGAUUUUUCCCAAAAAGAACAUUGAAAAUAAGAGAUCAGUGUUGCAAGCUUAUACUAUAGACCUAAUAAUUCCUGUCUCGAGAUAAAGCCACUACGGAGCAGAAUUAAUCCCUAGAGUAAAAUUUUCUCAUGGAGUCCAACAGAUUCCUAUAGGAUUUUGCAAUGGUUAUUUGGGGGGAGAGGGUGCACUCCUUUUUCUUUUUGCAAAUAUAUAUACACACACACUCCAGUGCUCUUGAAGCAGUAUAACUAGAUUUUAAAAAAUUAUGAUACAGACAAAAUGCUGUUAUUUCCCCUACACUAUUUUGAGAAAUUGGUGAGGAUACAGUACUCCAAAGUGGCAUAGGUGCUUGAUAGUUUUAGGUUUCCAUUCAUUUCAACAGGUACACUGAACCUUUGCUGGCUUAGUUAGUUAAAUGUAAUCUUUUAAAAAAUCAGGAGAAUGAAACACUGCACGACAACUGAUCCCAUUACUGUUGAGAAGUACAUGGAAUAUGAAGUAAUUUUUGCAAAAACAUUUUACAAAUACUUCAAGCAGCUGUUGGGCCCCACAGCAACCCCACUUGCUUUGCUUUUCCACAUAUUAAAUUGCAGCUAGGAGCUUAACUAAACUAGUACUUACUCAAAUAUAGGCUGUGGGUGUCCACAUGGAUUUAAGUGCACAAAAUUACACUUAAUAAGCUUCAGUCAUUUUAAUACGUGACCCAGACAUCGCAUCCUCCUUGCUUACUUAAAGGAUCUAAUGCCAGUAAGUUAAGGUAUUCAAGUAAUUACACGUCACCGGAAAAAACAAUGUAAUAUUGGUUAAAGUGGAGGUACAGCAUGGUAUAGCGGUUAGGGUGUUGGACUAAGACCUGGGAGACCAGGGUUCAAAUCCCCACUCGUCCAUGAAGAUAACUUGGGCUAGUCACUGCAUCUCAGCCUAACUUACCUCACAGGUUUGGCGUAGAGAUUAAAUGAGGAGGGGUAGAACCAUGUAUGCCACCUUGAGCAGCUUGGAGAAAAAAUUAGAAUAUAAAUGCAAUAAAUAAAUACAUUUUGAAGUACUAAAUUUAUAAAGAGUUCUUACAUAGAUGCAGUAUAAGAAUAUAUGUCAAAUUUUAUCCUGGUCACUUGCAUUUUUCAAACUGGGUAGCUAGCUGCUGUAUGCACAGGAAGGCUUUUGUUACCCUGUUCUUUGUGCUACUACAGAGAUUCUCUUUAGAGUCACAAUGGAUAGAGCAGUAGCUAGGGAGGGAAAAGAAGCACAGCAUCUGGAUAUAGUCUUUAGUUGAAAACCUUCAACCAUCCUAUCCUUAUGGAAUACCUGAAUGAAUUAGGAAUGGCAGCCUCUCCUCCUUCCCUGCAGGAAGAUUUCAGAAGGUGAUACAGUACUAGGAGACUAAAGCUGUUUCCCAUAGGAACUUUCAUGCAUCAGUUCCACAGAGCAAUCUCGUGCUCUAUCACUUGGUCUCUCAUCUUUUACGCUUUCACAUCUACAUGAAUGCACUGGGCAAAGUUGUUUGGCGAUUUGGAGCCUACUCCUAUCAGUACACUGACACCCAGCUCUAUACUUCUUUUGGCAAACAGCUGCCCAAGAAUAGGACAAAUAGCCCUAUCCAUAUGUUAAGUGCAUGUAUAGCACAGCCAUGCAAUUUUAGCCCCACACCCACUGAAUUUAUUUCCUCUAAUAACUGGGUUGCAUAUGAUUGUCUGUAAUCUGUAAAGCAACUCCAAUAUUUAGGAGCUUUACACAAUCAGGACACCUGGCUGUGUAGGUGUCUCAACUGCCCUGAGCUUUUAUACAUUACCAGGAGCUCACCCACUGGGGCUGCUUUCCAGACAAUUGCAUGUUACUUUGUUAGAUGAAGGCGACAUACUGUCAAGUGCAGGGACAAAAACAUGACCCUGCUGUCAAGUAAACAUGGCUAUCCCCUACAACAAGUAACACGUGAAUAGGGGUAAUAUGCAGUGGAAAUAAGGCGACAGAAUGGAAUUCAGGUAAGGUAUUUAAUGACUAACUUUAGCUAGAAAGGGAAAACGUGUGCAUAAGGAACUCAUGCUCUUUGGUAUCAUAACCUCUUUACCACAAUGUUUUCAACUCAUUUUGAAGCAUUCAAUCAAAAGACAUUUUCAUACAGCAUAGUUGUGCCUCAUUUGACAGUCCCUUCCAAAACUGUAUUCCAAACUUUGCUACACAAUGCAGCUGUGCAAGCAGACAAUGCUCUAUUAAUAUAACCUGAACAGUAACAUGCUGUGUGUAAGGAAUGGAUUUCAAGAAUUAGAUGUGUCUUAAGUUCAACAGCAGCAAAGGAAACCUCACCGCAUGCUACUGCACCAAAUUGAGAGAAACUCCAUUACAAACAAGACAGUAGGAACAGAAUUUCAAGAACUUACAUACACAAUGUACCUUGCCCUGUUAGAUUUAGAAGGCAGCUUGAGCACUAUUAUCCUCUGUAUUGUAAGAACGCAGACCAUUUGUAUGCAUUGUAAUUUUUAUUUAACAAACAAGAGACAACACUAAAAAAAACACAUUGAUAACCAAUGCUUCAGCAGUGAAUGCGGGUUCUAAAAAGGUUCAUUAAGAUAAAUAGCUUAGUUAAGAUUCUAAACCAUAAGUUUUAUUCCUUCCAGGAAUGCUGAAAUGCAAGUGCUUACAGCUGUAAUUCCUUACUGGAACUUCUACAUAAUAUUAUCAAAUAUAAUCAGCAAUUUCAAAAUCAAUAGUUAUAAAAGCCGUAAUGAAUGCUUAUUAGUAGCCCCUUGCAAGUUUAUUGCUUUGAGUUAAACAUUCCUCAAGAAAAACUUAGAAACUUAACACUAACUUCACAGAACCCAUUCAUUCCCUCAUUCAACCUUGGUUGUUAACACUGGAAGCAAAAUGACAAGACUUCCCAAAGGUGUUUUUAAUGGAAAGCUAACACAGAAUUACCCCCUCCCCAUAACUUGCAAACACACUAAUAUAACCACUUAGUGCCAGUAGAAGAGCAAAAGUUGAGAAACGUUUUCCAGAAGUUUAGCUGAUUACGGUAAGAAGUUUUUAUAAAAGGAAAUCAUUUUCCUUACACAUAAAAAUCUGAUUUUAGAAGAAGGCAUACAUGUCAUAAUCUCAAGGAGAAACAACACACUUGCAGGUCUCUGGAUAUCAAUGUACAACAGCAAGUUUUUGAACUCAGCAAUGCUUCAGAAAUCUAAUAGUAUUCAGUGUGUUUUACUAAACAAAUGCAUAUUGAUGAUAUUUAUGUCAGUGGAACAUCUAGUCCUUCCAUUUGCAUUUAUGCAGCAUCAAGUGUCCUAUCGAGAUCACCAUCUUCAGAGUCAUCAUCAUCUGAAGCUGCUGGAAGUACACAAUACAAUCAAAAACCUUUCUACAAAUCCAAGUUACAGGAAACCAUUUUUAAUUUGAAUAUAAACAUGCGUAAUAUAGCAUAUAUAUAAUUUUGAAUUAAACGUUUCAAAAUGAAAUGCUUCCUAAAUUGAAAACCAGUCUUGCUUCACCACGCACACCCCAAUCUUAUCUCUUGAACUGAAAAUAGAAAAAUAAUCUGCUCAUGCUUUUGCUAAAGUGAAAUGGGUUUUUUUAAUGAGCACCUAGAAGUAAAAGGAAACAAAUGCAUUUUAAAAGCAAUUGGGGGGGGGUGUUAACACAUUUUAUUUUAUUGAUGGUUUCAAGUUUACACUGAAGACAGGAAGUUAUGUUUUAAAAUGUUCAAACAAAUCAAGUAUUUCUGAAGCAUCCUAAGGUAACUUAUUUUAAAAAUUGUUAAAAUAAGGUCAUCAUUUUUUUUGUACCCAACAACUGUAUCUUUUACAAAAUAUUUAAGAGGAAUAUUAUCACAAUAGCCUAUUUUCUAUCUUAACCAUUUCAGUCCAAGGUUUUCUAAGAAGUCUAUGGGUUGUAUCCAGCCAAGCCAUACUCAAAGUAGACCCACUGAAAUAAAUGUGCUUGUCUAACUUAACUGAAUUGAUUUCAAUGGGCUUACUUCAAGCACAACUUAGUUGGAUAUAAUUCUUUGUACAGGCAUUGUAUGUGAUUUUGCUUUGGUUUGAUGUUCAGAUAUAUGUACAUAGAAGGCACUAUAUUAACAGCAAUAAAUGACAUUAUAAAGCACCAGCACAGGCUAAAUAUGGGUUGCCCCUAAGAAAGGAAAAGUUGUUAAAUACAUGACUAUGACUGUAUCACUUGUGUUUAAAGAAUAAAGACACUUUUUAAAAACCA